CUUCCACUCAUCUUCAUCUCAAAGCAUCAAAACAGACACCUACCAUCACAUUCAUCACAAUGGCGGACUCCUCUUCCCUCAAGCCCAUCAAGGUCUACGGCCACACCGGCCCCAACCCGCCCAAGGUGAUCAUGGUCCUUGCCGAGCUCGGCAUUCCCUAUGACCUGGACAACAUCCAAAUCUCCCAGGCCAAGAGCCCCGAGUUCGUCAAGAACGUCAACCCCAACGGCCGCCUGCCCGCCAUCCAGGACCCCAACACGGACCUCACCCUCUGGGAGUCCGGUGCGAUCCUCGAGUACCUGACCGAGAAGUACGACAAGGAGCUCAAGCUCAGCUUCACCCCUGGCACCAACGACUUCUACCUCGCCCGCCAGUGGCUCUACUUCCAGACCACGGGCCAGGGCCCCUACUACGGCCAGGUCGCGUGGUUCAAGAGAUACCACCCGGAGCCGGUGCCCAGCGCCGUUGAGAGAUAUGUCAAGGAGCUGAACCGCGUGUCGAGCGUGAUGGAGGACCACUUGCAGACGCAGAAGGAGAAGUACGGCACCGAGGAGCCGUGGUUUGUGGGCAACAAGUUCAGCUAUGUCGACAUUGCGUUUGCGCCGUGGCAGCACAUUGUCGGCGUGAUGCUGACCAAGGAGGAGUAUGACGAGGACAAGUACCCGUUGAUUCACGCCUGGUUGGAGAGGUUGAGGGCGAGGAAGCCCAUCAAGGAGGCUUUGGAUAACAUGAUUCCUGCUGGUGGCGCUCCUCCUAAGCAGAACGAGUAAGGAAGGGCUUGGACUCGACGAAUAACUAGAGAGGAUAAUGUAUUUUUACAAGUGUGUCUGAGCGAAGCCUGCUGGAUAGUAUAUUCUAGACUGCUGGGUCAAAAUGGUAUGAAUUUUUUUCAAAAU